AUGUCGACUUCAGACUCGUCGAUGGGUAUAUGCGCCAUCAUAGUCCGUGUUUACUAUGCUGACCAUGCGCAGAACAAGACGGUUGGCGGGGUGUGGGCGGAGGAGAACCUCUACUUGGGGCUCCGGACCAACAACCAAAGAGGCGGACUCGAUUUCUCAGACUUUCCCAUGGACGAAUCAUUCGGUGUACCAGACAAUUCACCGAUAAGCGGCGAGGCGAUGUAUGCAUAUCUUGAUAGUUAUGCCAAGAAAUGGGACCUAUAUCGCCGCAUCGACUUCGAAACGUAUGUUGAAGAGAUCGCUCGCCUCGAGUCGGGAAAUGGCUGGCAGGUCCAAGUUCGAAAAUCCGACGGCUCGAGGCAGAGGUACGAGACAGCGAAGCUGAUCGUUGCAACUGGGAUCACCAAUCGACCACAUUACCCCGAGCUACCGGACUCGACCACCUACAACUGCCCUAUCUUACACUCGACGCAUCUUGGCAAGAAGGCAGACGCCAUCAUCAACGAGACUGUCGAGGCUGUCACAGUGCUGGGUGGUGCUAAAUCAGCCUACGACGCCGUUCACCUGGCAGCAGCCUCCGGGAAGAAAGUCCAUUGGGUAAUUCGUAAGUCAGGCAAAGGACCCGGCUGGGUGUUUCCUCCAUUGGCAAGUCUGGGGCCUUUCAAGGCCUUGAGAGAGCGACUAGUGGUCAGGAGAUUCAUCUCAUGCUUGUCGCCCUACAUAUGGGAUGACGGCAUGGGGAGGCUGCGAUCGUUUCUUCACAACAGUUGGCUUGGCAAAAAGGUCACCCAAGCAUUCUGGGGCGAUAUCCAUCAUGUGACACUGGACGACUGCCAAUACCAGAAGGAGGCAUGCUUGAAUGUUCUUGAGCCAGAGCAAAGCCCAUUCUGGUACGGCACAGCGACCGGAGUAUACAACUACCCGCAGCCGAACGAUGUAUAUCACUACAUUCGCACUGGUCAGGUCCAAAUACAUCGCGCCGAUAUCGCUGGAUUCUCCUCACAUAGCAUCCAUCUCUCGGACGCCUAUUCGACCACCAUUCCCUCAGAUGUCCUCAUCACAGCGACCGGCUUCUCUGCUCAGCCCAGUAUCAAGUUCCAUCCCUCGAUCUCUCACGCUGGUCUUGGUCUUCCCUCGAACAGUCUGACUCCUCAACAGACGAGCUUUUGGGAUGAGCUCAAUUCGACUGCUGACAAGACUAUUGGUGCAAAGUUCCCUAGGCUUUUAGGUGGACCAUUCCAGGGGCCCAAGAGCGACGUUGUUAGACCAUACAAAUCAACAGACGACCCAAAUGCGACGUUCACGCCAUGGCGACUGUGGCGCGGAAUGGCACCUCCUGGUCCGACCGGCCAAGGCCAGUACGACCUGGUCUUCCUGGGCAUGAUGACACAUUUGGCCAACACGGUCAAGCUUGAGAUCCAGUGCCUGUGGGCGUGGGCAUAUUUGACCGGUCACCUGGAGGGAUUGCAAAAGCUUGACGAACAUCAUGGCGCAGACGGCCCGAUAUCGAACAACGACGACGACAAAGAAAGAGAAAGUGAAAACACGCCGCUUCUCAGCAACAAGAACAGCAAUCGGUCUGACUUCGAGUCUCAGGCAGCGGCUUCGAGGAAGAUCUACACCGAAACCGCCCUCUGGACACGCUACUGGCAUCUCCGCGCACCAUACGGUCACGGACGAUAUCACCCUGAUGUUGUCUUUGACCAGGUGCCGUUGUGGGAUAUGUGGAUGCAGGACCUUGGUUUGAGAACAUUCCGCAAGUCAAAUGGAGGGAAGAAUAGCUGGGGCUGGAAUCCUGUGAAUUGGUUCAGGGAGUUGUUUGAGCCAUAUACUAUUGAUGAUUAUCGCGGGUUAGUGGCGGAGUGGAAGAGUGCAAGGAAGGAGCUGUAA